UAGCAUGAUAUGUCGUUGUGCACAAGAACUAGAACAAGUGAGCUUAUUCCAUCACUCACCUCUCUACCUUCCAAUCCCAAUGGCAACCUCCCCGGAACCAAUCUCCGAAAACCCUGUUGAUUUUCGUGCCCCGCCGCCUUCUCCCGUUGCCUCUGGUCGCCUAUCAUCAAUCGCAAACGAUGAAGUCCUCACCGAAUUCCUCGAGCACUCCCUCCAAGUCCCUGACCUCAUCUUGCCAGACAAGUUCUUCCCCAAGCAAGUAUCUAUUGAAAACAAUCCUCCCACAAUUGAUUUUGCAGCCCUGAAUUCGGAUGGAUGUGACGCUAGUCUUUGCAAGGUGGUGGAGUCCAUAGCAAGAAAUGGAUGUUUUCAGCUGGUGAACCAUGGAAUUUCAAGUGAGCUUGUGGGGUCAGUGCAGGCUGCCGCCACGGGAAUCUUUAGCGUGUCACCGGAGAAGAGGGCGGAGGUUACUAGGUCACCGGAGAAGCCAUACGGGUUCGAGGAAGUUCAUGCUGAGGAGGCUGACAAUGUAUUGAGUGAAGAGUUUGUUUGGUGUAGAGACCAAGGCUUGAAGUUGGCAAUGGAUGGAAUUGCCCCAAUUGGAUAUUCAAAUUUCAGUGAGAAACUAGAGACCCUUAUGACAAAUAUUGAGAAGGUCUGUGAGAAAAUUCUACUAAGCUUGUUGAUUAAUUCUCAAGAAAAAAUCAUUCAUGGAGAAAGCAAAAAUGAUGAAAUGGUGCAAAGGAAAGAAGUUGGGACGGUUUGUUGCUUGUACAAGCAUAGCCAGAAUGUGUUACAAGAUGAAUGGGAUAGGUCUCUGAGAUAUGAUGUGAUUAAGAUGCUGAUUAGAGGGACUGAUUACUCUCAUGCCUUGUGUUUCCAUAUCUGUGAUGGUUCUUCAGAGUUCCAUGUUUACUCCAAGAAAGGUUGGGUUUCUUUUAUCCCAGUUCAAAAUGCCCUAAUAGUCACCACUGGGGACCAAAUACAGGCAUGGAGUGGCAGCCAGUAUAAGCAUGUGAUUGGAAGGCCAAUCUUUAAAGGUGAGGAGGAAUGUAUUUCAAUGGCUUUCCUCUAUUCUCCUCCAAGCUUCAUUACAAACUUCCAAAGCAGCAAGGAAAAUACUAUUUCGCUUGGUCAACAAGUUAUAGUGGCUAUACUUCUUACUCUUUUCUACCAAUUUUCAGUAUACUUGUCAAGCCAUUUCUGAUGCAUUUACUCGUCAAGUUAUUUGAAAUUUUCAAAUAGGGUAGUAUAUACAUGUGAAUGUGUGGAUGUAUUUUGGAUGAUCUUGGAAUUAUUUUAUACAUUGUGAA